CGAAACAGACGUCAGUGUUUAUGUUGAGGUGGAGUGGGUAGGUUGUGUGCUGGUGAGCUCUCUACUCCGUCACACUCGCUCCUCCAUAAUGGUCUACCUACAUUUCCCUAGUAAUCUUACCGAAGAGGAACAGAUGCUACAAGCUAAAUAUCAAAAACUACGGAGAAAGAAAAAGGCACUGCAUGCACUAAAGGCACCAAAGCAAGAACCUGAACAACUAGUGCCACUGAAGCGACCAAUGGAAGCAAAGGAUGCAAAAGAAAUGGCAAAAAAACUUAUUAAAUCUGGAGCUAUUAAAGUACCUGAAAGACCACAAGCAGCAACAGAGAAGACUACUUUUAAAAGAUCAAUGGGACUGGAAAGAAAAUUGUCAGCAGCAGAUAAAGCACCAUCUGGGUACCAGCCAUUCUCAACUACUCACCCAGAGGAGGAGAUUCAUGAAUCGAGAGUCAAGGUCAAGCAAAACCUGUAUGAGAGCUUUGUGACUGCUCGAGAUCGCGAGGAGCGCGGAGAGUUUACCCGUGAUGGAAGGGGAGCAGAUGGCAAACCUCGACAAGGGCAUACUAUAUACGUCUUCGGAUACAAUAUAUCAGAAGAAGUGCUGAAGAAAGCUUUUUCAACUUUUGGAAAUAUUGUUAAUGUCAACAUGGAAAUUGAAAAAAACUGUGGUUUUGUUACAUUUGACAAGGUUGAAUCUGCAGAAAAAUCAAUUGCAGAAAUGAAUGGCAGCAUGGUGGCUGGAAUUCAACUUAAAGUUUCCCUUGCACGUCGACAACCCGUUAUAGAUCCCAUUAAUGAUGCUUCGUCUUCAGCAACGUGGUCAACAAUUGCUGCAAGUCACUCGCAGAAAGGAUCCCACAAGGACAAGAGAGAUUUGGUAGCAUAUGAUGAUGACUAUUUCUAAGUACCUGCCACCAGUACAAUUGAACACAUUAUUAAAGUUUUUAUUUGCUUUUA